UCAGGGAGGCCGGCACCCCCGGCUCGGGCGCCCGCAGGGCGGCGGGGCCCCGGGCGGGAGACGCGAUGCGUCGCAUCAUCCGCCUGCUCCUCGGCUGCUGCCUGACCGAGCUGUGCGCCCGCGUCGGGCGAGCCCAGGAGCGCGGCGGCGGCCAGCAGCAGCCACCCCCGGGCAACGCGGGGAUGCUGUCGGCGGGGAACCGGUCGGGGCCCGGGGAGCCCUCGGGAGGCUCCUCCGACCCCCCUCCGACGCGCUCCCCGGCGCCGGACUUCUGCCGAGGCUACUUCGAUGUCAUGGGCCAGUGGGACCCGCCGUUCAACUGCAGCUCCGGCGACUUCGUCUUCUGCUGCGGCACUUGUGGCUUCAGGUUCUGCUGCAAGUUCAAGAAGACGCGCCUCGACCAGAGCACCUGCACCAACUACGACACCCCGCUGUGGCUCAACACCGGCAAGCCCCCGGCCCGCAAGGACGACCCCCUGCACGACCCCACCAAGGACAAGACCAACCUCAUCGUCUACAUCAUCUGCGGCGUGGUGGCCGUCAUGGUCCUGGUGGGCAUCUUCACCAAGCUGGGGCUAGAGAAGGCGCACCGGCCCCAGCGGGAACACAUGUCCAGGGCUCUCGCUGACGUCAUGAGACCACAAGGCCACUGCGCAACGGAUCACAUGGAAAGAGACCUAAACAUUGUAGUUCAUGUUCAACAUUAUGAAAACAUGGAUACAAGAGCGCCAGUCAAUAACUUACAUGCGUCGCAGAUGAAUAACGUGGUGCCGACCUCGCCUCUCCUCCCCCAGAUGUCCCAUCCACAUUCUUACCCCAACCUGGGCCAAAUCUCAAAUCCUUACGAACAGCAGCCCCCGGGCAAGGAGCUCAACAAGUACGCCUCCCUCAAGGCAGUCGGAAGUUGUGAUGGUGACUGGCCAGUGGCGACACUUAAGUCACCCAAAGCCGACAAGGUGAACGACGACUUCUACUCCAAACGUCGGCACCUGGCCGAGCUGGCCGCCAAGGGCAGCCUGCCGCUGCACCCGGUGCGCGUGGAGGAGGAGCCUCGGCCCUACAGCCCCGAGCACGGCCCUGGCAAGCAGAACGGGCACAAGUCCCGCGCCUCCAAAAUGCACACGCACCCCCUGGCCUACACCUCCAACUCCAACUUCAAGGGCUGGGACCCCAACGAGCCCUCCCUGCGGCGGCAGGCCUUCGCCAACAAGGGCAAGCACGGGGCCGUUGAGCCGGCCUCCAGCGAACCGCUGGCUACUCGGAGCCAGCACUACCUGCCCCCACAGCCAUACUUCAUCACUAACAGCAAAACAGAGGUGACUGUCUGAGCUUUAACCCUGGAAUGUCCUGAUGACCACACACAACUAAGAGAGGCAAAAAACAAACACACACAAAUACACACACACACACACACACAGCUAAAACCGUUAACCAACCAAUCGGUGACAUGGAGAAGAUCUUGGCCUCGGGGACUCCCUAGUACACAGGCGAUGGGCAGCCCGGGACAGGAGAAAAGGCAAUCAGCAAUACACCGAAUGGAGAAUUAGCAACUCAUACUUCCCACUGGAGACCGCAGAAUAACGAACCCAAACCAUGUGACUAUUUUUUUUUUUUACUUGAAAUUAAAAUCCAUGACGAGUAGCACAAUUCCAGAGAAACUUUCCAUUUGCAGAAACUUUUAACUAGGAGAUAUUUGUUCCUGCUGUGGGAGUGACAGAAAGAGAGAGAGAGAGAGAGAGAGAACGAGCACAUAGGAGAAUAAGGUCUCCUGGAACCCUACCGUAACCCAUUGCUUUGGUCAGGAAUUUUUGAUUUCAUUCCAAGAGAACAACCGGUUCUCAGACGCCUGCCUGGGAAAGCCAAGGAAGGCACUCUCACCACUCAGCCUGCCAUUUGCCGAACUCUCAUAUCAUCCCCGUCGGAAGCAAAAAACAACACACAUGAAAAAAAAACCCUUGCGCCCACCACCUUCUAACAAAAUGAGGCAAAGACUAUUCCACGUAAAGAUGACUGAGACUGUCACAGUUGCAGAGUGCAGGGUGAACUUUCUGGCCAGGAGUGGGUUUAGAGGCGUGCAAAAGAACCUCUUUUUAUAUAUAUAUAUAAAAGAAAAGCAUAAAAGGACAAAUAAAAACCAGCUGCAGAACAAAAAUAUUUUUCCCAGUCUCCAGACGGAGAGAUGUUUGUUUAAAACACAGCAGCAAAGCAAGGCGAGGGGAAAACCCAUCCUUAGCCCUCCCCGAAGCAGCCGUUUGCCUCGCAGAGCAGGAAGGUAACAAAUCUUACUUAACUGUCUGUUCCCAACUCUCCUUCACCCUGAGUGUGUCGCCUGACUUCAACUGCUUUGGACUGAAAAUGACUAAGCGUGGGUGGUGCCUUCAAUGUAUUACUAUUGUUCGAUGACAGUCUUGUUUUCUGAGUGAAAAUCUGUGUUACUUUAGGCUUAUUUCCUCAUGAUUUACUAAAGUAUUAGGAGUUGUUUCCAUACCUCCUUUAGUUGCCGAGCACUCUUGUUUCUCCUUUCGUUGUGGUAGCACAGCCAGGGGUUCACAGGAAAACUCCCCCCCGACACACACACCUUUUCUCCCCCUGCCCCCUACCCCACAUCCCAGCCCGCCACAUUCCCACCCUAGAGUUUCCCUUUGCGCACACAUUGCUUUUUUCAACCAAAAUGACCUAAAGUUGUGUUGCCUUUGGGAACAUACUUCCAGAUUGGACACUUCUUUGUUACUUGGUUCAGGGCAUGCGAGACUUUGGCCCUUUGGGCUUUGAUUUUUGUCCCAGCCUGACCCUGAGAGAAGCAGGGGAGAGGGAAGAUGGGAGUUCCCGCCCCAACUGUGGUGACUCUGUUAGUCCUCUGUUGUCCGUGUCUUGCUCCUAACGCCAGAG